UCAUGCCCCGGCCGAGUUAAAAACCGCUGGAGCACCAACAGAACAAAGAGUCUGCUGUGGGACUCUGCUGAACGCUUCUCCGGCUUCAAAGCACCGGCUGCAGAUAUCUGGGUCAAGACCAGGAGAAAAACCCCACGAUUAUGGACUCUACGGGCCUACUGCUGCUGCUGCUGCUCGGCCUCAGAGCUGCUCUCUGUGCUGUGGUGCAGUGGGCAGAGCUGGACGAAGCAAAGGCCUAUUUGAGGCAGUAUGGGUACCUGUACGAUCCCGACGAUCCAGAAGACCCUCAAUACCUGGAGGAGCUCUAUGGAGCACUAAGGGUCUUCCAGCAGUCAAACGAUCUGCCACCUACUGGAGAAUUAGACGAAUCUACCCUGGAAGCCAUGAGGCAGCCCCGCUGUGGCCUGGAGGAUCCCUUCAACAAGAAAUUUCACAAAUACAGAGUUUUGGGACGCUGGAGGAAAAGAAAUCUGACCUACCGCAUUUACAACUACACACCGGACAUGAAGAGGUCAGAGGUCAGGGCCGCCAUUCACUCGGCCUUCAAAUACUGGAGCGACGUGGCCUCUCUGACCUUCAGAGAGGUGGACUACGGCAGAGCGGACAUCAGGAUCUCUUUCCACGGGACAGAUGGCUGUGCUGUGCCGUUCGAUGGCCGAGGUCGCGUACUCGCCCAUGCAGAGUCCCCAGAGUCUGGUAUCGUCCAUUUUGAUGAGGAUGAGUUCUGGACUGAGGGAACGUAUUACGGUACCAACCUUCGCAUCGUGGCGGCCCAUGAAAUCGGCCACGCCCUCGGCCUGGGUCACUCUCAGUACAGGAGCUCCCUGAUGGCGGCCAUCUACGCUGGUUACCGGGCCAACUUCAGGCUGCAUUCAGAUGACGUGAGGGGAAUUCAGGCGCUGUAUGGAAAACGCAUCACCAGCAGUUUAUCCAGUCCAGCUACUCCAGAGAGUUUUCCCACAGAGAGCAGCCAGGGAGCUGAGGCUGUCCCCAAUCCCUGCACGGCCCCCCUGGACGCCAUCAUGUUAGGUCCAUGGGAGAAAACCUUUGCUUUCAGUGGUGAUUAUGUCUGGACCAUCUCCGAUAUGGGUCACAACACCCCAAUUAAAAUUGAAACACUGUGGCGGGGACUUCCUGGAGGCCUGAACGCUGCCGUGCACUCUCAAAGAACCAACAAGACCUAUUUCUUUAAAGGCAACCGGGUGUGGAAGUACACCAGGUUCAUGUUGGACUACGGCUACCCAAAAGAGAUGAAGCGUGUCCCUGCAAACAUCGACGCAGCCCUGUACCUGCAGAGGAACAAGAAGCUGAUUUUCAUCAAGGGGUCGGAGCACUGGCAGUGGGAUGAGCUGAAGUACAACGACCUUACCUUCUACCCCAGGCCGCUCAGCACGCUCUUCACCGGGGUGCCGUCCUCUCCCGACGCGGCUUUCACCUGGACCAACGGGAAAGUCUACUUCUUCAAGGGAGAUGAGUACUGGAGAGUGAAUGACCUGCUGACCGUGGAGAGAGGCUAUCCUCUGAGCAAGAGGGAGCGCUGGAUGCGGUGCUAGUGAUCCACCAGCAGGGGGCGGCAGGCACCAGGGGCUCUGAAGUGGGCCUGCUGGUUUCACUCCAAAGGGCAUUGACAACUCUGCAACCUCUCCAGCAGUGGUUCCCGACCUAAAGCUGUGGACUCUGUCUCUGAUUUGCAGUAAACAUGGCAGAGAAUCCACACAUGCGCUGAAACAACCUGACGAGAAAAAGCAGAACUAUUCAAAGUAGAUGUAAAGUUCAGCUUCACAGUUUUCUAAAGAUUCGUGGGUCUAAUUUUAACAUCCAAAAGAGAAGCAAAGCUUCACGACCAAUAUUUGAUCUCUGGUGGCCCCUAAAUGAGGUCCCGAGCCCCAGGUUGGGAACCACUGUUGUGAAAAAAAAUUGUGAAUAUUCAUUGAUCACAUUCAGGAACUCUAGAGAAUCAGUUCAAUCUUUUCCACUGGAUCUAAUCACAGCCAUCUUCUCCACACUGAAAUGCAGUCUGAUAGGUGAGGUCUUCUUCGUGUUCUUUGUUUUUCUCCAAACUGAAGCAUUAUGCAAGCUUCUGAGCCUCGCAGAAGAAACACAGGCAUUUUCUUUUUCCCCCCAUAUGUGUUGGAUUAUCUGCUGUAAUACUUUUAGUGAGAUGUAAUGUGAUGAAGGGUGUGUGCGCUUUCUGUUCUCUUUUGUUUAUAUGUUCAGUCGGUUCUUCCAUUAUGUCAUGAAAUCACACUGGUCUGUGAAACAUCUUGUGAUAAUGUGCUCUCGCUUUAC